AUGGUCCGGGCAUAUAAUUUCCUGACUUCAUCACGAAGUUUCAUUCUCCCUUCAACUAGAUUUCAAUCAUCAGCAUCUAAUAUCAAUAGUUUAGAUGAGAAGGAUUGCAAUCAAGAUGAACAAAAAGAUGAAUUCCGUCCUUGUUUUGUAAUUCCCAACCGUAAAUUAAGUUCACAGUUGGUUAUAGAAAGACUAACUGGAAGAUUACGAGGUGAAAAAAAAGUUCAAAGAGAUUUUAAAGAUCGCUUAGCAUUACGUGCUCCAAGAACAGAAGAUAUGGAUGUUAAUCAGGAUUGGCCAAGUGUGUGGCCUGGGCCAAGAUCAUUUAAUGCUAAUUCUGUUCCAUUACCUAUUCGUAUGGGAAGUAGACCAGAUGUUUUAAAAAGACCACCAUUUAAGAAGGUGGGAAAUUUGGAACUUGUAAAAAUACCUAAUUUUUUACAUCUUACUCCAAAAGCUAUUGAAAAUCAUUGUGCUGCAAUUAAAAAAUUUUGUACCCCAUUUCCUAAAGAAUUGAUAGAAAAUAAAUCUUUAAUUGAGGAAUGUUUUCCACUAGAAGUACAAUAUUCAGAUUAUGUUCAUCAAGGACCAUCUUUGAGAGAUCCAAGAGCAAGAAAAGUUACACAAACAGUUUCUCUUAAAUCAUUAAAAUUGUCAGAUCAUGGUAGAGAAAAAAUUAUAAGACUUGCUGGAAAGUAUUAUAAUCAUGAAACGGAUGUUUUAACUCUUGAGAUUGAUCGUUGUUAUACAAGAAAACAAAAUCGUGAUUAUGGUACAUAUCUAAUCACAGUAUUGAUUAAUGAAGCAGAAAAAGUAGAACCUUGGGAAAACUUAAAAUCUGAUAAAGAUGAUAUGAAAGUUAAAUAUGAAGAUUUUAAACUUGUUGAAUAA